UCGAGAUUAGCUGUCAGGCAGGAGCCAAGGCGCUGGAUGUUAAUGGCGUUGUGGGGCGUCUAAGCAGCGAACCGGGACUGCGGGUUGUGUAAAGAAAAACGGGACUGGCCCGCGAAAACUAUAUUUUAACUAGCAUAGCGAAUUUAACAUAAACACCGAAGAUGGCAGCAAAUAAGCCCAAAGGGCAGAAUUCAUUGGCAUUGCACAAAGUGAUUAUGGUAGGCAGUGGUGGUGUUGGAAAAUCGGCUUUAACACUUCAAUUUAUGUAUGAUGAGUUUGUAGAAGACUAUGAACCAACCAAAGCAGACAGUUACAGGAAAAAAGUUGUGUUGGAUGGAGUGGAAGUCCAGAUUGACAUCUUGGAUACUGCAGGCCAGGAGGACUAUGCAGCAAUCAGAGAUAAUUAUUUUCGAAGUGGGGAAGGCUUCCUUUGUGUUUUUUCAAUCACAGAACAGGAAUCUUUUGCUGCAACAGCAGACUUCAGGGAGCAGAUCUUAAGAGUGAAGGAGGAUGAGAAUGUUCCAUUUUUGUUGGUUGGAAACAAGUCUGAUUUGGAGGAUAAAAGGCAAGUAUCUGUGGAAGAGGCAAAAAGCAGAGCUGACCAGUGGAAUGUAAACUAUGUGGAAACCUCAGCAAAGACAAGAGCCAAUGUUGAUAAGGUUUUUUUUGACUUAAUGAGAGAAAUCCGAGCUCGAAAGAUGGAGGACAGCAAAGAAAAGAAUGGCAAGAAGAAACGAAAAAGCCUUGCAAAGAGAAUAAGGGAGAGAUGUUGCAUUCUAUAAAGGGAAAGCACAAAUGUCGCCUUCAUCCUUUAUUGUUAAGAACCAUAAAUUGUUAGCAUGCCCCAGUAAGUUCAGGAGGAUGACUAUUCAGUAAUAUUUUGGAGAAAUUAUCAAACACUAAAAACGUGAUUUGGACGUGCACUGCGAUCCAGUAUCACAUACAGAGGGUAAAAAGGAAAAUAAAAGUUCCUGCUGCAUCACUUGGGCACAUAGUCCUUUUCUGUCAUUAUAAACUUGCUUAUUUUUCCAGUGCUCCUAUUUGGACAGAGGCAGCAAUAGUUUGUGGAUGGUUAAACAGAAGCUAGCCUGUGUUUGUUCUAUCACUGCAAGUGUUUCUCAUCUUUCCUCUAGUGCAGGCUCCUCAAAUAACAUGGUUACAAAUCAAAAUUAAAAUGCUCUGUGUUUUGCUGGUAUCUAUACAUUGGCAAAUAUGGCAUCUCCAUUAUAUUAUUGUGCCACACGCCAACAUGAAAAGUCUAAAUAUGCCUUAAAACAAGGAACCUGGAUUAAAAUUAAAUUAACAAAGCCACUAUGAUUAAAGUUUUUAGAUUUUCUGUGGAAUGUGUCACAAUAUCCUCUGAUCAAUGCAAAAUGCUGUGCCAUGCCCAUACAAGUAGUUUAUAGUACACAUAAUCCUUUGGUUAGUUGGUGAGCCAACCUCAGAGGUCAGUUUAGAUGAUAUUUACCUCAGAAAAAUGCGUUCAGUAUGGAUAUAGUGUUUACUAAAAUGCAAUAUUGUAGGUACUAAUACAAAUAUGUUAAAUAAGCAACUCAUUCUAAAAAAAUUGCUUUAUUUGAAAGUGUUUCUGGUGACAAGUAUCCUAGAGUCUCAGAGGCUAGCUAAAACUGUGGUUGUUGGGAUGCGGUUUUGGUCCUUAUCUAAUUUCUGUCUAAAUCUGGAAGAAAAAAAAUUGUUCUUGCAACUUGGCCUACUACAGCUUAUGCAGAAAGUGGGCAUAUAUUUAAUACAAAUCUGAUUAGUAAGUAAUCUAUGAAUGUUAAAUGAUACUCUUCCAUAGAAACUUAUUUGCAUUUUACUUUUGUGGCACUUUUAAGAGCAUGUUUUCUGUAUCCGAAACUGUUGAUAAGGGAUUGAGUCAAAACAAUGUUGUGUGCUGUUCAGUUUACUUUGCUGAAACCCCAUUAUCACCUUUUUCAUUUGCCUAUAAGCUGUCUCCUUUCUGCCACCUGUUGGGUUCAGUCUUUUUGAUAGCAAGGCUGAUAAAUUCACUAAUGAAUAGGAUGAGGAUAUUUGAACUCUGAAGAAAAACUGGUAUAAAAGGGUAGCGUUCAGAGUUGACUUGCAUAAGAAAAUUCAGGGGCAGAUCCUGGAAAGUGGAGUAAAAAAUUGGUAAAAUAUGUAUAAUAAUAAAAAUUUGACACUACUUGAAAUAAGACUAUUUAAUUGUAAAUAUGCCCUAAAAUUGCUUUUUUUUCCUCACCUUGUUUUCAUAUAAAUGUUAAGUAAAACAUUCCCUAGCUGUCUUAUUUAACUGCUUUUUUAAUGAGCAAAUUGUGCUUGUGUGUAAAAGGUACUACAAAUUUGGCAUUUUAUCACUUUAACUCUAGAUUGUGAGAGUAAGUGAAAAACAGACAUUUACAAAUAAAUAUGUAAAGGUU